AAGAAGAUCGCUGUUACAAGUGAUAUUGAGAAAAUGUUUUUGCAGAUCAGUUUAAGAGAACAAGAUCGAGAUUCUCAUCGGUAUUUGUGGCGAGACCUUGAUCUUGAAGCAUCUCCCAAAGUUUACAGAAUGACUAGAGUGACUUUUGGGGUUAUUGCCAGUCCAUUUUUGGCAAUAUGUACUACCCAAGAGCAUGUACAGAGAAAUAAAGAAGUGUAUCCUGAAGUGUGUGAUGAAAUUCUUAAGAAUACAUAUGUUGAUGAUUUUGCCUUUUGUCGAGACGAAGUUAAUGAAGCGAGAGAGCUGCAACUAAGUGCGAAGGAGUUGAUGGCGCAGGCGGCAUUUAACUUAACCAAGUGGUCAAGUAAUUCUCGAGAGCUUUUAGAAGUUAUACCUGAAGAAGAUAGAGCACCUAACAGUCUCAUCAACCUUAACCAAAGUUUUCCAAAGAAUUGUUCAAUUACGAAAGCUCUUGGUCUGAAAUGGGACACAAACAAAGAUACUUUGACAUUUAUAAUUGAAAUUGGUCAACCACAGAUUGAGACAUACACAAAGAGACAGGUGGCUUCAUGCGCUGCUAAAGUUUUUGAUCCAAUUGGAUUAAUCACACUAUUCACU